CAAACAGUUCCCUGGUAUGACUUGCUGGCUGGCUGUGUAGUGACAGCUUCUGUAGUGAGCAGCAGUAUGGUGGGGUUGUCCGGCCAGAGUCGGGGCUGGUCCUCACUUUGCCGUUUAUAUCUGCGGUGUACUGCAGUACGACCGAGCACAGUACAGGCAUGUCAUGGUUUGCAGAGCUCACUGAAAAACAGAAGACUGCUAUGCUUGUUGUCAUCAAGCCGCUUGCCGGUUCAAGCACAAAUAAGACUUUAUUCUUCAAAUGAUACGAAAGAUGGGGACAAAUCAAAAGAAUCCAGUGAUGCAAGCUCUUCUAAUACAUCUACAGCAGGUGUUGAUGCCACCAAAGUUGAUCAAAAAAUCACUUUUCCUCAGGACCCUAUUCAAGUAAAAGUUAAAGCGGUCUUAAAAAAGCGAGAGUAUGGAUCCAAAUAUAUGAAGAAUAACUUUAUCACUGGUGUGCGAGCAAUGAAUGAAUUCUGCCUUAAGCCCAGUGACCUAGAACCGUUGCGAAAAAUCAGGCGAAGAAGUCCCCAUGAUGACACAGAAGCUUUUACAGUGUAUUUAAGAUCAGAUGUGGAAGCAAAAGCAAUAGAUGUUUGGGGGAGUCCUGAAGCCAUUUCCAGAGAACAGAAAUUAAGGAAAGAAGAGGAAAUCGCAUUUAAAGAAAAUUCAGAUAGAAAUCAAAAACUGCUAAAGGAAUACAAGACUUUUCUAGGUUAUACCAAGCCUCGCUUGAGUACUUCUGCCAUGUUUACAAAGGGACCUGGGAAGGUUGUUAUGGUAGCUAUUUGCAUAAAUGGACUGAACUUCUUCUUUAAGCUUUUAGCCUGGGUCUACACAGGUUCUGCAAGCAUGUUUUCAGAAGCUAUACAUUCCUUAGCGGAUACCUGCAACCAGGCAUUGCUGGUUUUAGGCAUUGCACAGUCUGCAAGAACACCAGACCCUGGGCAUCCGUAUGGCUUUACAAAUAUGCGCUACAUUGCUUCCCUAAUCAGUGGUGUUGGCAUUUUUAUGAUGGGUGCAGGACUAUCCUGGUAUCAUGGAAUCAUGGGUUUAAUCCAUCCUCAGCCAAUAGAAUCUCUGCUUUGGGCUUACUGUAUUUUAGCAGGAUCAGUAGUCUCAGAAGGAGCUACACUUCUUGUUGCUGUCAAUGAGAUUCGAAAGAGUGCUCGGGUGAAGGGAAUAUCCUUUUAUCAGUAUGUGAUUCAGUCUCGUGACCCAAGUACUAAUGUGGUACUAAUGGAGGAUGCAGCUGCAGUCCUGGGCGUUAUAAUGGCUGCUUCCUGUAUGGGCUUAACUUCAUUGACUGGAAAUCCGUUCUAUGACAGUUUGGGAUCAUUGGGUGUUGGGACUUUACUAGGAGCUGUAUCUGCAUUCCUCAUUUACACCAACACUGAAUCACUUAUAGGAAAGUCAAUUCAGCCUGAACAGUUACAACGUCUCACUGAACUCUUAGAAAGUGACCCUGCUGUGAGGGCAAUUCAUGAUGUGAAGGCCACAGAUAUGGGAAUGAGUAAAGUCAGGUUCAAGGCAGAAGUUGAUUUUGAUGGACGGGUUGUUACACGAUCCUAUUUGGAAAAGCAAGAUAUUGAUCAGGUUUUAAAUGAAAUUCAACAGGUGAAGUCACCCGAGGAUUUAGAAGCUUUUAUGCUUAAACAUGGGGAAAAUAUCAUAGACACACUAGGAGCUGAGGUUGACAGACUUGAAAAGGAGCUAAAGCAACUUAACCCUGAGGUUCGACACGUUGACUUAGAAAUUUUGUAGAUGCUGAAGAAUCUUUUUUUCAUUCUUUUAACGGUAGAAGAAGAAAAGAAAUGUUAAAGAAUCAUCAUUUAAUUUUCCUGUGUGCAUGUUCCAUGAUUAAAUUGUAAAUGAGUGCUGAUCACAUAGCAAUGCAGAUGUUUAGCAUAAGUCAUGUUUACAAGUGCAUUUUCAAGUCAUUUGUUGUAAAAUUAUUAGCAAUCAUUUGUGAGGAAAAAGAUGUUAUUUAUUUGUGAUACUGCCUCACUGAAGUAAUCUAGUUUUAUUUCAUUCCAUCUGCAUAUUUGACCGUCUUUAUUUAUUUUUCUUGUUUUUAUAAAGUAAGAAGAUAAGGUGAGAAAUUUGCACUCCAUUGUGUAUUUGGACCUCAUGAUUUAUUUUGUUUUUAAGUAGCCUAUUGUACAACUCAAAAGAUAUUUUUCCAGUUUCUGUUAUAGAGGUUCCAAAAACUCUGAUCUUUCCUCACCUUUAACAUAGAUUUUGUAAUUCUUUCAAACCUAAUUAUAAAAUUAUUUCUUUGACCGGGUGAUCUUCCAUUGCUGAGUGACUAUCUGUUUGUAUUAAUUAUUAUACAUGAGAGAUCGUAUUGCACUUAUUGUGAUAGCACUGCAUAUUUUUUAUCCUCAAUUAUGCAAGUCCUCCUUCCAUGUGCCCUGUCCAAUAUUGCCCAGGAUGUAUUAUAUACAUUUCUAAAGUCAAAGCUUAGAUGCAAAGUCAUUAAUUGUAGAAUACUGGCAGAAUUUGAAGACCUUUUUAUGACAGCUUUGUUUAAUGUACAGAAUAUGGUUCCCCUUUUGGGGGACUUAAUUGUAUUUAUAUUGUUACAUAUGUUCUUUAUAGGAGGACAUUAAUUAACAUAGUUUUGAAUUUCAUUUUUAGCUUCAUUCUUUCCUGCCAAUAAAGGAGCAUUUCAACCAUAAUUUUUACGCUCAUUAACAUUAUCAUCUAUAUAAACCACUUUUUAUAUUGUAACUGAAAAUUAUAGAGUCUAUUCCAGUUUUAACAGAGACUAAAAAAACUCUGAAAUCAGGGUUGUCCUCCAUUUUCUCUUGAAGGUUGGAGACAGACCAGAUUUUAAGGAUGCAUUUGUGUUAUAUGCAACUAGUGGUUUAUACAGGGAUAUCCAAAGAAUAGGGUUUGUCUCAAGUUAUCAAGGAUAAACAUUGGACAACCUUUCUCUAAACAUCUCAUUUUGCAAAUAGGAAGCUAUAUUUUUUAUUUAUUGAUAAACAUUCAAAGCACUGAUGUCUAAAUCAGGUUGUAUUAAAAAAAAAAAAAAAAAAGUUUUGUUGAUUAAGUAAAUGUUUUGAUGUAAAAUGACACCGGCUUGUAAUCUUUUUUUUCUCACUGUGUUCAAACGUUUUAGCUCUGGAAAAAAUAUCAUUCUAGCGAUAGGUGACUUUAUAGAAGAAAAUGUAUAUGUGUCAGAACUCCAUAAAGCAAAAUCUCUGUAAGUUCUGUAAGUAAAAUAUAUAGUUGAUAUAUAAUUAAAGAUCAUAACAUUAUUUAAAGUUUAUUAGCAAGAAAAAAAAAAAAUUGGCUUAGAUACUGUAUGAUAUUAUAGAAUAUUUGUUAUUCUUGUAACUAAAGCUUAAACCAUACACCCACCCAACACAACGUUAGUAAAAGAACAAUUUAGGAAGUAUAUAGCAGUCAUGUUUUAUAUUUGUAGGCCUGCAUUUGAUCAGUACUGUUUAUCCAUUGGUGUGUUUAGUUUUCAUGCUGACAUAGACAAUUCUAAAUUUGUAUCCCGUCAUGUAAACCAGCCCUAAUUGUACACUUCUCUCAACUGCAAAUACAUUAUUUUUAAUAAACAAUGCAGGAUCAAUAUAA